CAUCAUUGCAAAUCUUGGGCCCAGCCGAAUCCAUCAUCAUUCUAAUUGCCCUCCAAAGCCCCCAUCAUCACGUGAUACGCCAUUAGAUCUUCUCCCCCUCAUGAUGCCUCACAUUUAUAGAGAAGUGAAGAGAGAAGACUCUCUCUCUCUCUCCUCUCUCUCUCUCUCUCUUCUAUAUAUACCCUGCCAAGCUCAAAGCUAAUCACAACUCUUUCCUUUCCCUUGAAACUUUUUCUCUCUUCCAUCCAUCCAUCAAAGUGGGCUAAAGUUUUUGUUUGGUGAGAAGAGGCCCAACUACCAAAAAAGGGCCGGGUGAUGGAGAGGCUCAACAAGUUGUACCUGCAGAACUGCUACAUAAUGAAGGAGAAUGAGAGUCUGAGGAAAAAAGCUCAACUCCUCAACAAAGAGAACCAGGCUCUCUUGUCUGAACUCAAGCAGAAGCUCUCCAAGCCGAGCCCGAGCCCUAACCCUAACCCUAACUCCUGCAAUCCUAGCGGGAGCAAGCCCUGAUUUGUUAAUUGACAUAGUAAAAGAUUGUGACGGGGGACUUUUUUUUGGCGCUUAAUUGAGGAUAUAUUAUGUAUUAAUCAGUUGAAUGUCACAUGUGAAAAUAUAUAUGCAUCAGCUUUACUAGCUUCUUAAUUUGUUAUCUUAA